AUGGAUUCAAAGGUCAAAGUGUACUGUGGAACUCUCAGUGGAAAGAAAUAUAUCGGCCCUUGCGGAGGAAGAGAUUGCUCUGUUUGCCAGUGCUUUCCUGAAAAGGGGUCUCGGGGCCAACCAGGACCACCAGGGCCACAAGGUCCAAUUGGGCCCCUGGGACCCCCAGGAUCCAUUGGGAUUCCAGGAGAGAAAGGAAUGAAAGGUGACAGUGGCCCUCCUGGAGCAGCAGGGGACAAAGGAGAUAAGGGUCCAACUGGUGUUCCUGGAUUUCCAGGUUUGGAUGGCAUACCUGGGCACCCAGGGCCUCCCGGAUCCAGAGGCAGAUCUGGCAUGGAUGGCUACAAUGGUUCAAGAGGUGAUCCAGGGUUUCCAGGAGAAAGAGGCGUCCCUGGCCCAGGAGGCCUCCCUGGCCUUCCUGGAGAAAAUGGAGAAAAAGGAAAUUCAGUGUUCAUUUUAGGUACCUUUAAAGGCAUUCCGGGAGACAGAGGGGACCCAGGACCACCCGGCUUACCAGGUCCUUGGGGUGCAAGAGGACCAGCGGGCCCCAUGGGAUAUCCCGGGGAGCCAGGGUUAGGGGGACCUCCGGGCCAUCCUGGGAGUCCAGGUUUAAAGGGUAAACCUGGCGUGGGAGUAAAGGGGCAGAUGGGAGACCCGGGCGAGGUUGGCCAGCAGGGUCCUCCUGGACCCAUCCUCUUGGUAGAGCCACCUGAUGUUCAUUUCUAUAAAGGAGAAAAGGGUAUCAAAGGAAUUCCUGGAGUGAUUGGACCUCCAGGACUGCCCGGGCCCAAGGGAGAACCUGGGAUUGGGGCAAAAGGAGAGAAAGGUAUUCCCGGAUUCCCAGGUGCUCAGGGUGACCCUGGUUCUUAUGGAUCUCCAGGUUUUCCAGGAUUAAAGGGAGAACCAGGAAUGGUGGGAAAUCCUGGGAUGACUGGAUUUCGUGGCCCAAAGGGGGAUCCUGGAGACCGUGGGCACCCAGGACCACCAGGUGUUUUGGUAACUCCGUCUCUUCCGAUCAAAGGUCCUCCAGGGGACCCAGGGUCCCCUGGCCUCUAUGGAGAAACGGGGGCUGUUGGACCACCUGGUCCCCCUGGUCCCUCGGGCAGGCCAGGAGAGGCGUGUGCAGGCAUGAUAGGACCCCGUGGGCCACAAGGGCUUCCUGGUCAUCCAGGGCUUCCAGGGGCAGCUGGGAUUCCUGGAAGACCUGAUUCUGCUCCAGGAAAACCAGGAAAGCCAGGGCCACCUGGCCUGCCUGGAGCACCAGGGCUGCAGGGACCCCCAGGAUCAGAUGUGAUAUAUUGUAGUGUUGGAUGUCCUGGACCACAAGGAAUAAAAGGCAAAGUGGGUCCUCCAGGAAGAAGAGGCUCAAAAGGAGAAAAAGGAAAUGAAGGACUCUGUGCCUGUCAGCCUGGUCCCAGGGGUCCCCCUGGCCCUCCAGGACUUCCUGGGAGGCAGGGGAGCAAGGGAGACAUGGGGCUCCCUGGCUGGCUUGGAGAAAAAGGUAACCCAGGCUCUCCUGGUGUUGAAGGAUCUCCAGGGCCACCCGGAAAACCCGGUGCCUCAGGACCACCUGGCAACAAAGGAGCAAAGGGCGACCCGAUUGUAUCAAGAGUUAAAGGGCAGAAAGGAGAAAAAGGUCCUGAUGGGCCCCCAGGAAUUCCAGGGCAGCAGGGACUACACGGUCGGGAUGGACAUCCUGGAGAAAAAGGGGAUCCAGGACCCCCAGGGGAUCACGAAGAUGCAGCUCGAGGUGGUAAAGGGUGUCCUGGACCACCAGGCACCCCAGGCAAAGCAGGACCUGUGGGGCCUCCAGGACUGGGAUUUCCUGGUCCACAGGGAGAGAGAGGUCGACCAGGAGUUCCAGGCUGCCCAGGCUUGAGGGGCCCUGAUGGCUUGAAGGGUCAGAAAGGUGACACAAUUCCUUGUGAUGUAGCCUACCCUGGGAGGCCAGGACCUCCAGGUUUUGAUGGAACUCCAGGUCCAAAGGGAUUUCCAGGUCCGCAGGGUGCUCCUGGGCUGAGGGGUUCAGAUGGGCAAAAAGGCCGACGUGGCAAACCAGGAACAUCAGAAAUACCAGGUCCUCCUGGUGUUCGUGGUGACGUGGGGGAUCCAGGUUUAAGAGGUGAAAAGGGGUCCUCCCUGGUCGGGCCCCCAGGCCCUCCUGGGCCACCUGGAGUGAAUGGUCAGAAAGGAAUCCCAGGAGACCCUGCAUUCGGUCACCUGGGACCCCCGGGAAUGAGGGGUCUAUCAGGAGUGCCAGGGACAAAAGGACCCAGAGGUGAUCCCGGAUGUCCAGGGGCUGAAGGGGCCGAUGGCAUCCCCGGGUUCCCAGGUCUCAAAGGGCCCAAAGGCAGAGAGGGAAGAGCUGGGUUUCCAGGUAUCCCAGGUCCACCCGGUCAUUCCUGUGAAAGAGGCGCUCCUGGGAUACCAGGGCAACCAGGACACCCCGGGACUCUCGGUAGUCCAGGGGCUCCAGGCCGGAAAGGGCAGCAGGGAGAUGUGGGCCCUCCUGGACCAGCUGGAAUGAAGGGCCUCCCUGGACUCUCGGGACUGCCGGGGGCAGAUGGACCCCCAGGACCUCCAGGAAUCCCAGGCGCCUUUGGAGAUGAUGGACUACCUGGUCUUCCAGGCCUGAAGGGACCCCAGGGACUGCCUGGUUUCACAGGUUUUCCAGGAGAGAGAGGACAGACUGGCCCAGAGGGACGACCUGGCAGAAAAGGGGAACUCGGGGACAAGGGUCAGCCUGGCUUUCUGGGAGACCAGGGAGUGAAAGGUACCACAGGAGCGAGAGGACCUCCCGGAGAUGAAGGAGAAAUGGCUAUCAUUUCCAAAAAAGGGAAAACUGGGGAACCUGGACCUCCUGGAGAUAAUGGAUUCCCAGGAGAAAGAGGGGACAAAGGACGUCCUGGGACACAAGGGAGAAGAGGAGAGCCAGGAGGACACGGGCCACCUGGACUUCACAGAGGGGAACCUGGCAGAAACGGGCAGCCAGGGCUUCCUGGACCCCCAGGCCCUCCAGGCUCACCUGGGCUAAGAGGGAUCAUUGGUUUUCCGGGAUUUCCAGGUGACCAGGGUGAGCCGGGUUUUCCAGGCCCCCCUGGAUUUUCAGGAAUUGAUGGAGCAAGAGGACCUAAAGGAAACAAAGGUGACGCUGCCAGUCAGUUUGGUCCACCCGGCCCAAAGGGUGAGCCAGGUAGCCCUGGAUGUCAAGGGCAUUUUGGAGCCCCCGGAGAGCAGGGCUUGCCUGGUGUUCAAGGGCCAAGAGGAACACCCGGAAAGCCAGGACUACCUGGCUCCACUGGACCACCAGGGUGUCCAGGUGACCAAGGGAUGCCUGGGCUGAAGGGACAUCCAGGAGAAACGGGGGACCCUGGGCCAAGAGGCCUCCCGGGGGAUCCAGGGAUACCAGGUCCUCCAGGAAUGAAAGGUCCCUCCGGGUCACCUGGCCUGAAUGGCUUGCAUGGUUUGAAGGGUCAGAAAGGAACCAAAGGUACUUCAGGUUUGCAUGAAGUGGGCCCGCCUGGUCCAGUGGGAACACCUGGGCUGAAAGGGGAGACAGGAGAUCCCGGGAGCCCAGGAAUCUCUCCUCCAGGGCUCUCUGGAGAAAAAGGUCGCCCAGGCCCCCCAGGAAGACCAGGACCACCUGGUCCUUCAGGUGCCACAGGAAGAGCUCCUGAGGUUGACAUUCCUGACCCUGGUCCACCUGGAGAUCAUGGGCCUCCUGGCCCUGAUGGCCCAAGAGGACCUCCAGGGCCUCCAGGCCCCCCUGGGACUGUUCACCUUCUGAAAGGAGAGCCAGGUGACUGUGGUCUGCCAGGGCCACCGGGUCCCCCUGGCCCACCAGGCCCUCCAGGGUGCAAAGGCUUACCAGGGUGUGAUGGAAAAGAUGGCCAGAAAGGACCAAUGGGAUUCCCUGGUCCUCCAGGGCCACAUGGACUUCCUGGGCCUCCUGGAGAGAAGGGUUUACCUGGACCUCCGGGCAGAAAAGGGCCCACUGGUCCUCCAGGUUCUAGAGGUGAACCUGGGCCACCAGCAGAUGUGGAUGCCUGCCCCCGAAUCCCAGGGCUUCCUGGGGUGCCAGGCCCAAGAGGACCAGAAGGAGCCAUGGGGCUCCCUGGAAAGAGAGGCCCCCCAGGACCAGGCUGCAAAGGACAACCCGGGCUCGAUGGCAGGAGGGGCAAGGAUGGUGUCCCUGGGUUUCCUGGGCCCCCCGGGCGCAAAGGUGACACAGGAGAAGCUGGCUUCCCUGGAGCACCAGGCCCUCCUGGUCCCACUGGGGAUCCUGGGCCCAAAGGGCUUGGCCCUGGAUACCUCAGUGGCUUCCUCCUCGUUCUCCAUAGUCAGACGGAUCAAGAACCUGCCUGCCCCGUGGGCAUGCCCAGGCUCUGGACGGGGUAUAGUCUCUUAUACCUGGAAGGACAAGAGAAAGCUCACAAUCAGGACCUUGGUCUGGCAGGGUCCUGCCUUCCCGUGUUCAGCACGCUGCCCUUCGCCUACUGCAACAUCCACCAAGUGUGCCACUAUGCCCGCAGAAACGACAGGUCCUACUGGCUGGCCAGCGCUGCGCCCCUGCCCGCGAGGCCGCUCUCGGAGGAGGACAUCCGGCCCCACGUCAGCCGCUGUGCCGUGUGCGAGGCCCCGGUGGUGGCAGUGGCCGUGCACAGCCAGGAUCAGUCUAUCCCCCCUUGUCCGCCGGCCUGGAGGAGCCUCUGGGUCGGGUACUCAUUCCUGAUGCACACAGGAGCUGGGGACCAAGGAGGAGGGCAGGCCCUCAUGUCACCUGGCAGCUGCCUGGAAGAUUUCAGAGCUGCACCAUUCCUUGAAUGCCAAGGCCGGCAGGGAACUUGCCACUUUUUUGCAAAUGAGUAUAGCUUCUGGCUGACAACGGUGAAACCAGACUUACAGUUUUCCUCUGCACCAUCACCAGACACUUUAAAAGAAAGCCAGGCCCAGCGCCAGAAAAUUAGCAGGUGCCGGGUCUGCAUGAAGAAUAGCUAG